AUGAAGCUGCAGGUGUUCUGGACUGGGCUGGAAUACACCUGCCGUCUCCUGGGCAUCACUACUGCUGCAGUGUUGAUCGGCGUGGGCACUGAGACCUUCCUCCAGGGGCACUUCAAAAACUUGGCUUUCUACCUGCUGUUUACAGGAGCCACCGUCUCCGUGUGUGAAGGGGCCUAUUUUGUGGCUCAGACGCUGACCAUCUGCUUUCAGUGUCAACCAGGAUCUUGGGCCUACAGAGCAAGGGAGAAGGCCCAGUGGCUGGGCUGCUUCCAGAAGUUCCUGACCUACAUGCUGCUGUCUGUGGCCUGCUUCCUCCACCCUGUCCUGGUCUGGCAUGUGACCAUCCCAGGCUCCAUGCUCAUCAUCACUGGCUUGGCCUACUUCCUUCUCAGCAAGCGGAAAAAGAGCAAAGCUGCCCCUGAGGUGUCGACAACCCAGGAGCAGUACACAGACCCCUCCAGCAGUGCCAUGAGCACCACCAGCUCUGGGAACACCGAGCAAACCUACACCUUCCAUGGAGCCCUCAAGGAGGGGCCUAGCUCUCUCUUCAUGCACAUGAAGUGCAUCCUAAAGGGGACCAGGAAGCCCAGCACCCUUGAGCGCCCAGAUGCUUUGACAGAGCUGACUCUGGAACCAGCUGACUCACUAGCCAAGAAGCAGGUGCAUUUUGAAGAUGGUGUGGUCAGGAUAAUCCCAGGACUCACUGAAGGCAUGGACAACGAGGACAGUGAGCCAGAGGAAACCACCUCUGACACCACUCCCAUCAUCCCUCCACCCCAGGCUCCACUCUUCCUGUCUUCUCUCACGGGCACCAUCCUCUUCUGA